AUGUACGAUACGGAGGUUCUGAACGCAGUCGCCCUCAAGUCAAUCAGCUUCCUGCUCAUUUCCGGAUCUGCCAUCCUUCCAAACAGUCAGGGCAUUGGGACGAGGUAACCUAAAUAACAUCUUCGGCUUACUGCAACGUGAAAAAUGCAAAAAAAGUCGAUUGUGUCAGAACACGCAAUCCUACAGUUUUGCCACUUUUCAUUGCUUCCGAGAGAAGGAUUGCAGCUAUGAGUAAUUCAAUUUCGAUUAUUUCCAGAAAUCGAGGCUCUGACGAUCUUUAGGAAUGACAAUGAGACAAGCGCGCCGCGUCGAAGUCCCAUGCGUGAACAAAAUUUGUGUUGAGUGCGAAGCAUCUUCGUGAGAAAACAUCAAUGGAACGUUCCAAGUGCAACAAAAGAAAAUAAUGUGCACCCGUUUAGCGGAAAAAACGCGUGCCGUGCUUUUCUUUUGCUGCCUGUGAACUGAACAUAUUUCGAGACUGCUCUUGGCUCCGCAUGCCACUCAAGUAGUAGUGGUUGCUUUUGUCAUUUCAGACUAAAUAAAGUUUAUAAACGUCCGGAAAUGUCUGAAAAAAUCUAAGUGGAACAAUGUUUUUCACUCCUUCUUGCCCGUUUUGUGUGAUUUACACACACUGCUGCAAGUUCUUGUCUAAGCUCUGAUCAUUCCAGCCAGGAUUCCCCACGACUUCAAGGAGGGGCCCAAGGAGAGUGAAAGAUAAUGGCCACUUCCGAUUGAAUGCACUGGCAACUAGUUCAGUUCAAGUAAUUUUUCGCUAUUGUCGAGAUGAUCGGUCGAAUUCGAUGCACUUCUUGAGUAGGAAAAGUGUGACUGUGUUUGAAACAUUCUCGACGUCUUCUGGAUUUACACUUGUCCUUGGCAAUCAAUCACCUCUAGAAAGAAGCUGCAAAACUGUGCUCAAAUGAUGUUUUUUCGUCUACAGUUUGCUGAUGAACUGAACUGUGAACUUGCCGGGCGUUUCUGAAAAUAACUGUAACCGCUGUACUUUUUUUACUGGACAUUAGACCAUACACGUCCAUGUUGAAACCAGGUGCUGAAAGCGACAGCGUUGACGUGUCGUGAGCUUGCACAUCUGUCGUCCAAAUGGCGCCAGAAAACAAACUCUGGUGUGGUCUCAAAAUUUUUUCUGGAUAGUCUGAUCCUUUUCUGGUAAUUGCAGAGGAAAAAUUAGUUCUGAAGAUUCCCACAAAAUAUGUAUGCUCUUCUGCUCGCAAUUUCAGAUCACUUUUCAGAUUUUUCCAUCCCAUACGUAUACGUCGAUUGUGGAACCGCCGGAUACGAACGAAAUCACUGAAAGUGAGUCACCUUCUCGAUAAAAAUUGGAAUGUUUUCUUUUUUCAUCACACGCCAGCUUCAAAUCAAUGGAUUACUCACCGACGAAAAACAUUUGUGAAAUGUGUUACUGGAAAUGCAUUUCAUCAAAAUGUCUAUCCAGUUUUUUGUCUCGUGGAUCGUUCCGUUCCCGGACUGUUCGGCUUCGAAGGACAGUGGUUAGCUGCAGCUGCUCCGCACGUGCAAUGCCACGAUGGACGGUUCAUUUACGGCAGAUUUGUCUAUUCAAUCCCGGCUCUUACUUUCAUUUCUUCUAUUUUCCGCUUUUAUGUGUUUCUUCUUCUACUUUUCAGGCGUUCUUUUAAACUUCUUCAAAAUGCACUGCAACGGAGAGCGUAGAGACGAGAACGUCGAUAGUCAGGCUCGGAGAGGGUGCAUUUUCUGGCAUUCCAUCUCCAAAACCACUUGAAUUUCAGAGUUUUGGGAGAAACAAUUGCUCGUCUGAGAAACCUUCGUCUUGUCAAUUUUGUGAGACGUAUCCCAGUGCCACCCCCAACGACACCCGUACAAAACGACGAGAGACGCAUUCCGCCACCGGUUCCUAUCCGCACUUCUUCUCUCCCACACAACAACGCAAAGUAAGUUUCUCAUUUCUUUUUUUCAUUAUCAUCAUAUUGUCUAUUUCAGCACGCGUAUCUACGUGUACACGCACGGAGCUCAAUUGUGCUCGAGGGAUUCCAGACCAAGUGAGCGAGAUACGUAAGUUGUUCAUGGUUAAACUGUAUUCUUUUUCAGAUAUCCGUUUUGGUUUCAACCACUUCAAAUUCGUGAAGGUGAUAGGACAGGGCGGUUUCGGAGUAGUCUGCGAGGUGAAGCGACACAAUACGGGCGAACCGUGGGCCGUCAAGAUAGGGAGGGUGGAGGACAUGAAGACAGAGUUCAAAAUUUAUGAUGCCCUCCGAGGGCUCAAAGGCAUCCCCUCCUCUCCGAUUUACUUCGAAGAGAAAGGCUGCGCGCUCAUUUCGAUGGAGCUCCUGGGCCUGAACAUGAGCGACUGGCGGGAGUUGAAACAGCAGCUCACCAUCAAGGAGGUCUUUGACGCAGCGCGUCAAAUGAUCGAGUUGGUCCGAAUCGUACAUGCGCAUCGCAUAAUACAUUGCGAUAUAAAAGUGUCGAAUUUUGCGUUUGGGAAAGGCGUGAAACAGGAUAAACUUUUUGUGAGUAACCGCACGGCUACUGUUCCUUGAGCGCGAUGAUGUUCAGAUUAUCGAUUUCGGACUUGCCCAGGAGUUCAAGAAUCGGGAUGGGAGUCGGAUCGAAAAAUGUGAGCCCUACCCGAUGAAAGGCACCAUCGCCUUCUGCAGCGCACGCAUACAUGACGAAGCCCGUGAGUUCCCAGCACAAAGCACUUUCUUUUGUAUUUUCCUUCUUUGCAGAUCCCGCGCCCCGGGACGACCUGGAGUCGGUGGCAUUUUCGUGUCUGGAGCUGCUGGAGGGAAAGCUGCCGUGGGACGAUUUGGAUUACGAUAAUCCAGAUCAUAGCGAAUUCUACCGACUCAAGAAGGGCGGCACUGAUGGCAGAGGACUGUUCGCCAUCCCUGAAUUUGAGGAGUUACUUCGGAAGAUCAGAAAGUUGGAGUUUUCCGAUGAGCCGGAUUACAAAGCAAUGAUUGAACUGCUGACUGUGCCUGAGUCCCGUCUCCGGGAGUUGAGCAGAAAGUAAAAAAACUAACUGCUUCGUCAAAAUCGGAGUAUUUGCAUUUCAGGUUUACGAUCCCGCGCUCAGAGUAUCGUCGCAGUGCCAUACCGAAAGAGCUGAGUGGAGUGACGAAAGUAAGAGCGGAAAAAACCUGAAACAUAGGAAAGUACGAUUUACUUGCAGCAAACGUUGCUCCGGUUCAGAGUCUGACCGUCACCAGCCAAAAAAGUUCGUCUCCAUACACUUCAAUGCAAUCCUCUUUAUUCUGCUCCUUCAAUCGUCGUCUUUUUCUCGUCUCUGCAGCUGAUUUCCCGCAUAGUUCUAAUAAUUUUACACGCAUCCUUAUCUUCAUUCUGAUUGUAUACCGUAUUCCUGAGCAGUCCUUGUAUUUUCCUCAAAAUUUGUCCCUACUUCUAAAGGCCCAUCCCCCCAGAGUUCCCUUUCCCAAUAUUACAUCGUAAUUGUUUUGUUUACCUUUUUCCAAUUUCCCCAUCAACACGCCGUCUCAUAUUUUCGCAUAUACCGUAUCUUUUUCGAAACUCAUUUCAUAAAAAAAACAUUGCCUCCAUUGUUUGCUGAUGCUUACUCAUGAUCCCCUCACCUCCUGAUCCCUCCUAUUGUUUUUGAGUAUUUCCCCUCACAAUUCAAAUUUUUGUCCUUCACAACUGUUCAAAAUCUUCAAGGGCGAUGCAUAAAUUUUCUAUAAACAAAGUUAACACGCAACUGUCGCAUUUAUUAGUGUCUGAGUCUCGCCCUUUCCGCAAGUCCGCAUUUCUUCCUCAAUUAUCAGUUUAUUUCAUACAGCCAACCGCCAUGAACUUCAUGCUCAACUGUGAUACGACGUCCGAGGAAAUAACAGCAGACGGGUAAGCGCAAUUUGUCUUUCUUCUCUUAUUUCGUGACGAAAUAUGGAUUCUACAUCUUGAUUCUUAGUCUUUAUCCCCAUUUUUCUCAAGGCCAUUUACUGAAAGUUCAAAUAUCGUUAAAAUUCUGAAUGCACAUUCAUUCAUUAAAAGUCUGCGGCAAUCCGAGCCGACAAACCGGCUCAGUUCGUAACUUAUCUUUGUCGGUAAUAAAACCGCAUUUUUCUAAGACUUAAAUUUUCCGCCAGUUUCGCAAUGUCUCAACUUUACGUUUUUCAGGAAAAUGUACGUGUACUGCGCAUCAUACACCGGCGAAAUGCUCGAGAAACCGAGAAGUGAGUGAAGUCACAGUCCAAAAGUCGUAUUUAUUCAAAUUUUAGAAAUUAUGUUGUACAACGGACAUAUCGAGUUCGAGAAGGUCGUUGGUACCGGUACGUUUGGCGUGAUCUGUCAAGGUUCAUGGGCCAGCAACGGUUCGAAAGUGGCAGUCAAAAUCGAAAAAGCCGGAGGACACUUGGCGCGCGAGAAGGAAUUCUACGACUCUCUGAAGGAAACCGCUGGCGUCGUUGGUAUCUACGGCGAUCUCGUUCAAGAGAAAAAUGUCGAGCUGCUGCCGAUGGAGCUUCUCGGAAUGAACCUCUCCCACUUCAUAACAUGUCAAGUCGGAGUGGACAUUCCAAAAGUAUUUGACGUCGGAAAAAGGCUUGUCACAGUGCUGGAAAAUGUCCACGCACACGGCAUCAUCCACUGUGACAUAAAGCCCUCCAACUUCGCUUUCGGAGUGGGACCAAAGAAAGAAGAAAUCGUGGUAUGUUUGAAUCUGACUUUUAUUUUUUGUUCUUGUUUUUCAGAUAUACGACUUUGGCCUAGCUGACCGUUUCGAAUUGGACGGAGUUCACGUUGCGGACGGAGCACAACGCUACCGCGGAUCCAUGCCCUGGAGCAGCGCGCGCGCUCACAAAUUAAGAAGUAAGCAGAUUACUGUCACAUACUCAACAUGAAAGACGCAAUUUUAGGGCAGUCUCGUCGAGAUGAUUUGGAGUCGAUGUCCUUCAUUCUUCUUCAAUUCUUCCAUAAGAUCACCUGGUUUCAUCUCACCGCCAGUGAUGAUCAUGAGCAAUUGUAUGACUACAAAUUAGGAGGAACCGACGGGAAAGGACUGUUUGACAUCGAAGAACUCGAGGAGUUCCUCCGCUAUAUUCGUUCGCUCAAUUUCAACAAGAAGCCGGACUACAACAAACUCCGACAAUUCCUUAGUCCGUCAGAGGAUCGCAUGAAAGCGAUUCAAUCCGAGUUGGUACCAAUGAUAGUUUUUGAGGAUUAUUUCAAUCACCUUUCAUCUUCAGGUAUGAGAAAGGCCCAGAAUGGCUCGAAGAAGUCUCACCAUCGCCGCUGAAAAAACAGUUCAAGGUGUGUUCUCUUUUUGCUAUCUUGUCUUGUAAAAACGAGUUCUUCCCAGAAGAUGCUGCUUCAGUUCGGAGCUCCGGAGGACGAGGCUGUUUACCAAUACUCUUCUUCUUCUGAUGACUCUCUGUGA